AUGAAGUUCUCCGCUGUUGUCGCUCUCGCCGCCUCGGCCUCUGCUGCCACUCUCCAGAAGAAGCAGGCCCUUGACUACCCCAUUGGCAACUUUGUUGCUUCCUGCAUUCCUCACAGCACCUACUGCUCCUACAACUUCACCGUCACCUCGGACCCCAGCCUGCCCGCCAGCCACUGCGGCGCCUUCAUCCAGGGCCCCGACGUUCUCCCCAACGUCACUGCCGGCUCGUGCCCCGACAACGUCGCCUACACCUGGUCGGCCACCAGGACCGAGGAGGGCGGCCUCGACUUUGCCAUCUGGUACGCCUUCAACUCGCGCAGCAACAUUACCUACUGCCACUCCGUCGCCGCCGACGAGAUCUUGACCGAGAACCACGGCGCCGUCAGCGAUGAGCGCUACAUUGGCCCUGCCAACUUUACUGCUUCCGUCCUCAACUGCAACGUUGCUUAA